AACGCACAGCUCUUCACCAUGUCGACCUUAUACAACACAACUUACUACCUCCUUGCUGCAACAAGGGACAGCGGAGUCAAAAGUUUUUGUAAAGAGUGGUCCAACGAUGUUGCUUGGCUAGCUCUUGCCAAGAAGAAUUGGAAAGCAAAAGAGAAGUUCGAGGCUUACAGUCACGGAAGAGAGAUACAAGAGGCAGUUGAGGAUGCAAGUGGGGUUAGCACAUCAAAGCAGCUUAGGGAAGCCAAUCAACUGAAAAAGGAUCUUCGAGCAGCUCUGAACCAAACACUCGGAAACACUCUUGGAAUUCCGGUAAAAGGUUGUAUCUUCCCAAAGGUACAUAAUCUGUCUGCUAGGCUGCUUAAGAAGAAUCGCCGACUGAAAAUAGUGCAGUCAGAAGGCUCGACACUUACUGAGCAAGAAUUGAUGGAAGGGUUCAAUAAGAUUGAACACACUUUGAAGAAAAAAUGGAUGGAUGAUAUACGAUCUGGAGCAAAUUAA